AUGGUCUCCACUGCCAAUGAAGUGCAGGAUCAGUUGCUGCCGGCUCAUAAACGCCGUACGGGGCGAAUCGCAAGUCUCAGCGAGUUCCAGCAGCGUGCAGCAUCGUAUAACCACGAGGACAUUGACGAUUAUAUAGUUGAUGUGGACGCUCGCAGCGAAGACUCAGAGUUUCUGAAUGCAUUCCGCAAGUAUGCGGCGCAGAGGUCCAUGUCCAGUAGCUCGCUCUUUGGUGGAGAGCGACAGCGCGCUAAGAGCAAGCGUAAAUACUUCAUACGACAGCUCAAUGCAGUGAGCUUCUUGGUGCUCUUGGGGAUUAUUGCUGGGCCAUUAAAUUACGGGAUCAGAAGGAAUUGCUGGACUUGA